GGAGAGGAAGUGACUGAACCAGCCGUGUUGACAUGUGCGCCUGGGAGCUGCUGGUCGCACCGCUGUUACUUAUUUUCGUAUUAACUCAAAAUUCUCAACAUUAUCUUGAUUUAAAUUGAUCGCGAUAUUUCUAAUCAGUUAUACUAUGUUUGAGGCAUUAAUGAGUAAGAUGUAAUACACCAUCGACGUAGUAUUACUGUGGCAUGUUGUAUGAUCAUAAGAAUCCUAACGCUUGAAAAACAUUUCAUGUCACCAAAGAGGCUGUUGUCUGUAGCUAGCGGCCGAGGUGUGAAGAAGCCCAGGAUAUCAGGACCUCGACCACCAAGGAUGAGAGGAUACGCCAGCAGUACUGAGGGUGGCACGGGCGGCGUGGGCGGCGUAGGUGGUACGGGCAGUAUGGGCGGCGUGGGCGGUAUGGGCGGCGAGAGCGGCCCUACACCCUCGUCACCAGUACCACUCAACACGCAGGCCACACACUAUAACUUCCAGGUUCUCACAACUCCAUCAAAGUCUCCAAUUGACAAAAAGGAAUACAGAGUGAUUCAGCUUGAAAAUGGCUUGAGGGCUUUACUUAUCUCAGAUGUGGGCAGACUUGUGUCAUCUGCAGACGAGGAAGACGAUUCAGAAGAUGAGGAGGAUGAUGAUGUCAGUGAAGAUGAAGAUGAUGAAGAUGAAGAAGUGGUAGAAGAUGAGGAAUCGGAAGAUGACGCUGGUAUCGAAGAGGAUGAUACAGAGGGAAAGAAUUGUGGAAAAAAUAGUACAGAUUCAACCAAAUAUCUGGCAGCAGCAUCUCUUAGUGUAGGAGUGGGAAGCUUCGAAGACCCUGCAGAAAUACCCGGCCUGAUGCACUUUUUGGAACACAUGGUCUUCAUGGGGUCGGAGAAAUAUCCAAAGGAGAAUGCCUUUGAUUAUUACAUUAAGAAACAUGGUGGCCACGAUAAUGCUCAUACUGAUAUGGAGCAUACGACCUUCUACUUCGAGGUUCAGGAACGUUACCUGCAUGAGGGUUUGGACCGGUUUGCUCAGUUCUUCAUCAACCCGCUCAUGAAGAAGGAGGCAAUGACUAGAGAACGGGAGGCAGUGCAUAGUGAAUUUCAGAUGGCUCUACCAGAUGAUGAAUAUAGAAAUGAACAGCUGUUUGGGAGUUUUGCUGUAGAGGGUCAUCCUAUGGGCAAGUUUACUUGGGGUAAUGAAUCCACAUUAAAUAUUGAUAUCCCAGACGAGGAGCUACAUAAAAAGCUACACGAAUUACGUCUGAAAUAUUAUUCUGCCCAUCACAUGACACUAGCAGUGCAGGCACGGUUGACACUAGACUGCUUGCAGGAGUAUGUGUGCAGUAUAUUUUCUCAGAUUCCUUGUAAUAACAUGGCAAGACCCACCUACAGUCACCUUGAAUUUCCCUUUCCCUUGAAGAGACUUCACUGUUUGCGCCGUGUGGUACCAACCAAAGAAUACCAUUGUGUGGAUAUAAAUUAUGCCUUGCCUUCUCUUCUCAAGCACUAUCACACAAAGCCUCUGCACUAUGUGUCUCAUUUAAUUGGACAUGAAGGACGAGGCUCGAUCCUCUCGUAUCUCAAAAAGAAAGUUUGGGCUGUUGGGCUGUUUUCAGGAAAUGAUGAGACAGGCUUUGAACACAACAGUACAUAUGCAGCUUUGAACAUUAGCAUAGAACUUACGGAUGAAGGCUUCAAGAAUGUUGACAAGGUUCUGUGUGUAGUAUUCCAGUAUAUAGCGAUGAUCCAGAAAGCAGGACCAGUCGAAAGAAUCUUUAGGGAGAUUCAGCAAAUGGAGCAACUGAAUUUUGACUAUGCAGAAGAGCAAACGGCAAUUGAAAAUGUUGAAAAUCUUUCUGAAGCAAUGCAGAUAUUUCCCCCAGUUGAUUAUCUUACAGGAGACUCUCUUAUGACUAAUUAUAAUCCUCAGAUUAUUAAAAUGUGUCUUGAUGCUUUGGGUCCUGAAAACUGCAACAUAACGAUUAGUUCCAAGACUUUUGAAGACCAGAACAUAUGUAAUCUAACGGAGAAAUGGUUUGGAACCAAAUAUUCAAUAGAAGGUAUUCCAAAAGAUUGGGAAGAGCAGUGGGCUAACCUCCCAAGUAAUCCAGAACUGCACAUUCCAGCUCCCAAUAAUUUCAUCCCAAGCAGUUUUGACUUAUUGACGCCAGAGAAAGAAGUUCCGGAGUAUCCUGAAAAGUUGUGUCAAGAUGAAUGGGGAGAAUUAUGGUUUAGACAGGAUCAGAAGUUUAAGUUGCCAAGGACCUACUGCUAUAUAUAUUUAAUAUCUGAACUGCCUCUGCAGUCUCCCAGAUUAGCAGCUCUACUGGACUUGUACCUGAACCUGUUUGAGCAGCUGGUAAUGGAGGAUGUUUAUCCAGCUAGUAUGGCACAGUAUCGAUAUUCCAUCAAAGCCACUCCAAAAGGCCUUGUUAUUAAGAUGAAUGGCUUUAAUGAAAAGCUUUCGCAAUUACUGGAUCUUCUUUUACAUCACAUGGAAAGUUUUAAAGAUAAUCUUAAUGAGAAAACAUUCCAGGAAAUCAAACAACAGCAAAUGAAAUCCUACCAUAAUGCUAUUCUCAAACCAGGCGUUGUUCGCAAAGAUAUUCGCUUGUCUAUUAUUCAAAAAGUGCACUGGACAAGCCACCAGAAAUUGUUGGAGAUGCUGAAUGUAACAAGUAAGGAUCUUCUCAAAGAUUUUGUGGCCAAGCUGUUUCCAACCAGUCAUCUGCGAAUGCUGGUGCAGGUAAGUUGAUGUCCUAUUGUAACACUGGACGUGAUCACUCUUUCCCAAGGGAGGAAGGUACUGGAUGUCAAAAAUCUCUUCUUCUUUCCUGAGCUACGUACAUUGGAACUGUUGAAUGGAUGCUGGGUAGCCAGAGUGAAUGGUAUCAACCCGGCAGACACUAAUAGUUCGGUGAUUAAUUAUUACCAGUAUAAAGAGGGCACUCCGAUGUUGGAAGUCUUACUGGAGUUCAUACAAAUGGUGAUGGAUGAACCAGUGUUUGAUGUUUUAAGAACAAGAGAGCAGCUUGGCUACCAUGUUUUCUGCACAAAUCACAUUACCUUUGGGAUUCUUGGGCUGUCUGUUACAGUCAACACCCAGGCUAAUAAGUUCAGUGUGUCCCACAUUGAUGAGAGGAUUGAAGCUUUCCUGCAGGAGUUUAUGGAUACUCUCAGCAAUAUGAAGCAGGAUGAGUUAGCAGAACUGAAGGAGACACUCACCAGCAUGAAACAGACCAUUGAUUUAACCUUGAGAGAAGAAGUAGACAGGAAUUGGAGUGAAAUUGUUAAUGAAGAAUAUGUAUUUAACAGAUUAAAAAGACAGAUUGAGUUGAUUCCAAAUAUUACACACAAGUCUGUCAUGGAGUGUAUAAAGCACAUAUCGUCACAUAAAGACAACCCCGGAUAUAAGAAGCUGAGUGUGCAGGUUGUUGGUGCAGCAAAUCCUCAGGAGGGAUCUCCACCAUCACUGGAGAACCUCAUGGGAAAGUCUACUGUUGUGCAGUUGCUGGGACCAAAUGAAGACUCUACAGACAGUAAUUUAUCGGGUGAUAACUUUAUCACAGACAUUGUCAGCCACAAGAAACAACUCAAGUUAUAUCCAGUUACAAAAAUUGUUUAACUAUGUAUGAAAAUUAACAGAGAAAAAAAAUCUGUUGGUUUGAGGCUUGAUUUUAUUUUUAUGAAGUAUGUUACACAAGUGACAGCAAUUUCAUAUAAAUUGCUACGAGGCACGAUCAGUAAAGAGCUGAAACAGCGAGUAUAGCAACAGUCUUAUAAUUUGUUGACGAGUACAUUGUGAUGAAAUAUCAUGUAAAGUGUUAAACCAUUGUUGACUUUUAAAAUUUAGUGUACCUAUCAUUAAUUAGGCAUCCUCUCAGUAUGGAUACCCUCUGGUUUUCACAUUUUAAAUUUUUAUUAAGAUACUGCACACUAAUAACAUUAUUGUGUACUGACUCAAAAAUUAGAGAUUUCUGUAAGAUGGUAAAAAGCAAGUUUCAACAACUAUUGGGAAGUGUAGGCCUAUGUAGUUGAUUUCAUAAAUAUUGUACACUGCAACCUCCAAAAUUUGAAUCAUUUUCAUUUCAGUCUUGAUCCAGAUAUCCAAAUACUUGCUCUUUUUGUUUAACUCAUAGUAGAGUCAAUACCUGCAUUCUGCUGCCUCUGUCAUAACACUUGUUAAAAGUAUUCUACAGUUGCAAAUGCUCAUUCUUUUUAGCAACAGUGUUCUCCACCAAUGACCAGCCCCAAGCUACAGUGCUGCUCAAGUCAUUAGUAAUCAGCGUCAUCCAAAUUCUCAUGUUUAGAAAGUUUCAAUGUUUUUGUCAUUUUUCUUUCUACCACUGCAUAAUUUUUUGUCCUAAAAUUAUAUAAUUUUCCUUUGUAUUUUUGACAAAUAGAACUAAUAAUACCAGUUAGUAAUGGUAAUAAUGUCUUCUUGCAGACAUAAUAACAGGAUUGAAACCCACACCUGUGUAUUUGUGAAAUUUUUGUAUGGAAUUUACACAAUAUCAUUCGCACUCUCCUGAGAGCUUUGUAAAGGUCUGAGUGUGUCAUUAGGACGAGACUUACAUCUCUGAUCCAGAGAUGUAAGUCUCGUCCUAAUGGCACACUCGGACCUUGACAAAGCUCUCACGAGAGCGUGAAAGACUUGGUGUAAAUUCCUUGCAUAAAUUUCACAAAUGCACAGGUGUGGGUUUUGAUCCUAAACUAGUACCAGUGUCAAGCCAGCAACUUUCCUCCCCCGCUACGAUCACAUUUUUCUAAUAUCUUGGCUUUAUUCUUAUCAUUGUCUGUUGUACCCAUACUACUAUUGCACUAAAUGGCUUCAACUUGCAAAUGGCGACGUAUUAGAAGAAAAGCUAGUGAAAAUGCUUGAGUAACGAGAGGGGUCAAUGGGAAAAAUGCAGUAGGUAUGUGCGCCCUUACAGCAAGUCUCGAUGUUUUACAAAAACUUCAAAUAAACAAAUUAGUUUGGACAAUUUAUAGUUUCAGCACAAGUUUAAUAAAAUUUUUCUAAUGUAAUUGCAUUAUUUUUAAUAUUUACAAUAAAUAAAUAACACUAAGGAAAAAGAAAAACAUUGAUUCGACUGAAAUUGUAAUACUGUACAUCAAUAUUUUUCUCUAUUGAAAUCAGAAUUUUGGAGUAAACUCAGUGAGCAGAUUUUCUCCAUUAUUUAAAGGGAUCCAUUAUGUGGCAGUCUGGAUUUUGAAGGGAGCAGUGUAAUUGAAAUUUCAAUUGUAUGCUUGACCGCAAGCAACAUUCAAUGACCAAGUGCACCAAUUUCAAAAUGUACUCUGACACCAGGGCAAGUUUCUAGUGUUAUCUGUUUAUUUGCUGCUCUGUAGAAUGGUUUAGGUUGGGAAUAUUUAUUUUUAAAACAUUUCUAAAGAGUUUAAGUGAAUUGGUGCGGAAUUGGAGUGUGCUGUAGAUACCUUAUGGUUCUCAGUGUAUGAAUCUUCGCAUUACCAAAACAGUUUUUUUAUCAGCAACUUGCACUAUGUAGCACUUUGGUAUUACCAAAUUAAGAAAGAUUGUGUAUAUUGCUCUUUGUGAGCCAUGUAAAUUAUUUACUUCCCCUUCACUGUCGCAUAGCUUUAUUUCCUCUAUUUACAAUGAAUUGUUCAUACCAAGUUAACCCAUCAUCAUGACUACCUUUGCUCAACCUUAAAUUUACUUGAAUUUACACUUCAAGAGUCACAAUCCGUUCUUUCAACAUGUGCUAACCUCCUUAGUACCUACUAUACUUUCAAUCCCAAGGUGUGCUAUUCACAUCCCACAUAUUUUAUUCUUUAUUCUACUCUACUAAGGUUAUGCAUGCUUUUAAGAUCAUCAUUUUCUACUGCUUUAAUACACCACCAUUUCAAAUUCAUAUAUACAGAUAGGAUUAGCACCCUUCCAUACAAUAUUCUGAUAUCAGGAUUUUGGAGCACCAGCCAUUACUGAUGUUAAGAGUUUGCCCAAGUUGAGAGUAUCAUACCCCUAAGGAUUUAAAUUAACUUAUUCCAUUUCCACUAAUUUUCUUACAACAAUUUCUUUCCCUCUGUGAUGAUGCCUCUUGUCAAAUUUCAGAAUUUCAAAUGUUUUCAAAAAUAUUUUAAAAUGUCAUACUUUUAUUGGAUAAAAUGUAUAAAUUUAGUAUAGAUGCUCUUCAGACAAAUUUAGUUUUGUUAUGUAUGAUCUAUAAAACUUUAUUUAUGCAAUGAUUAAAGCUUUUAUCAAUUCUA